AUGGACUGGCCUCAACAACCAAUGAAGAGACCUCGACUAGACAAUCCCUUGACAAUUAAUAAUGAACCCUACGAUGAAGUCAUGAGUGAACCUCAAACACCAAGUCUACCUUUUAGUGCAUUCUUGUCGAACUCGUUGCAUCGUACCCAAAGACUUCCUAUCCUAUCUGACGAAAAAUUGAUUGUAUAUGACCUCAAAGUCGAAAGACCUGUAUUACCCAAUGGAUACGAAGAAAGUGCCUGGGAAAGAUUAAAACAAGCCAUUCAUGCGAUUCAUAAAAAUACCCCUAUUAAAGAGAGUCUCGAAGUACUUUAUCAGCUGUCAGAAAAUCUUUGUCAAUAUGAUUUGGCAGAAGCGCUUUAUGGACGUUUGAGACAUGAAUGUGAAGAAUAUCUGGAGGCUGAAUUUGAUAAACUUUCAAGGCAAGUAUCAUACUCUUGCAGACAUGAGAGCGAAGGCAUGGAAUUUCUAGAAUUAGUCAAUAAGCUCUGGAAAAAUCACUGUGAUCAGAUUCUUCAAUUAAAAUGUAUCUUCCUCCACAUGGAUCGUAUAUAUCUGAAUUCAAUGACAAAAUCAGCAUCGAUAUGGAAUAUGGGAGUUGAAUUGUUUUCUGCCAGUCUUCUCAAACGCAACAAUGUCCUUGAAAAGUUGAUCCGUAACUUAUUGUUGCAAAUCCAAGAAGAACGUGACCAACAACCGAUCAAUACCGGAUUGUUACACUCCAACCUUCGAAUGCUCAUUGACCUAUCAUUAUAUCAUACUGUGUUUGAAGGGCGCUUACUUGAAGAAUCAAGACGUUAUUACAAGGCUGAGGGUGACCGACUAAUUGAGACCAUGAACAUGUCUGCCUAUCUUAUACACGUCUCCACUCGUGUACACCAAGAGUCUGCUAUUCGUGUCAAGAGAUACUUUGACAAGUCGUCAAAGUCAGCCCUUACGGCAGCCGUGGAAGAAGAACUGCUGUCAACUCGAGUGAAUGCAAUUCUUGACAAAAGCUUCAAGCACUUUAUGGAAUCGAACAAAGUGGACGACCUUUCAAUGCUCUAUCGUCUACUAGAAAAGGUUGAUAAAAUUGACAUUUGUGUGAAAUACUUUGUCAAUUAUAUAAAGCGUAAGGGAUCUUCAAUAUUGAGGGAUCAUUCGGGUGGAAAGGAUCCAAUUCCUGCUCUUGCUUACUUUAAGCGCAAGACGGACGCGAUUGUGGAGCACAGCUUUGAAGAAGAUGAUCGAUUUGUGAAUGGAAUGAAGGACGGGGUGGACUACUUUGUUAACCUUCGACAAAACAAUGCAACCGAACUUUUGGCCAGACAUACAGAUUAUGCCCUGAGAAAUAACAAGGUGGAUGAAAAAUCAUUGGAACAAAGCAUUAUAUUCUUUAGAGUAUUGCAGAGUAAAGAUAUAUUUGAGGCUCUCUAUAAACGUGACCUAGCAAAAAGACUCUCGCUUGAUGUUAUGAACAGAAAUGCAGAAAAAUUGAUGCUAGCAAAAAUGAAGAAAGAGUGUGGAGUUGCUUACACUAGUAAGAUGGAGGGAAUGUUAAAUGAUCUCAAGAUUUCCGAUGAACUGAUGCAUGACUUUAGGACUAGCAUAAAUUAUGGAGAGACCCAGUCGUUUGAAUUCAGAGCCAAUAUCUUGACAAGUGGAUUCUGGCCAUCGUACACACCUGUGAAAAUCAAUUUGCCUCAAGAGUUUACACACAUCCAAAAACUCUAUCAAGAUUUCUACUGUACUAAGAAUGAACGUCGAUGUCUAACAUGGCAGAAUUCAUUGAGUAUCUGUGAGGUCCUGGCAAACUACCCAUUUGGAGCCAAAGAAAUCACCCUGACUUUACUUCAGACGGUCGUAUUGUUAUUGUUCAAUGACCCAACAACUCCAAGCCUUUCAUUUUCGGAUAUUCUUUUGGAAACCAAACUUGAUGAGCUUGAACUGCGGCGUACUCUGAAAUCCUUGGCGUGUGGGCCACACAAACUGUUGGUCAAGACACCCAACGGCUUGGAUGUGGAACCCACUGAUAUGUUUACUUUCAACACCGAUUUCCAAGCUGAGCAAACCAAGUUCCAAAUGAACACUGACACCCUCAAUGAAGUAAUUGAGAAAGAUUCGUCCUUGGACCAAACAGCCUUUAACAGAGAAGUUCAGAUUGACGCAGUUAUAGUGCGUAUAAUGAAGGACAAGCGUACCUUACGCCACAGUCUACUGAUGAAUGAGGUGACUCGGCAUGUGAGAUCCCGGGUGACGGCUUCUGAUGUUAAGAAGAGAGUGGAAGUAUUGAUUGAAAAGGACUUCAUUGCACGUACAGAAGAUGAUGGAUAUGAAUACCUCUGUUAG